AUGACUGACAUAUCCUCGCGGAACAGAAUCAGACAUCUCAAAUGCGACGAAGAGAAGCCUAUUUGUCGGCGCUGCCGUGAAGAUCGAAUGAAAUGCGAUGGUUAUGCUCCCUCCGUUAAGGCAAGCAGCCAGCCGUACACCAACACAAAGGCAGAGUCACUAUCACUUAUUGCUGUCGACCAUGAGGUGUCGAAUACUGCUCUUGAAAGACACUACUUCUAUCAUUUCUGUCACUGGACCUGCAAGCAGCUCUCUAAUUCGUCAGAUACUUCAAACUUUUGGAUGCAAUACGUCCUUCCUCUAUCUCAUACCAGCGACCCUGUCAGGCAUGCCAUCACGGCUGUCGGGGCUGCGCACCGAUUUUUCACAGCAGGCUCAGAUACACAUUCACUGCAGCAUAUGCAAGUUCUCACAAAACAGUACAACAAAGCUAUUUCCCAGAUUAUACCAUGUUUAACGGUUUCCUCGAUUCAUAACAUUCAUUGUACCUUAGUGUGCUGUCUUCUCUUUAUUGCCUUUGAAAGCAUUCUGGGUCGAUAUUCUGAAUGCGUUCGACACCUCCGAGCCGGUAACCAUCUCCUGACACUUCCAAUACUCGCUGCAGGAGGAAAGAAUUGUGCAACUACUGAAAAGCUCAAGGAGAUGCUCUCAAGUUUGAGUGUGGAGGCUUCCACAUUCAUGGACGACAACAUCAUAUCCGACGAACAACGAAUUUGGGUUACGGGCAGAGCUAAGGACACCAGUAACCUUUCCUCUGGACAAUUUCGAGAUCUAGAUCAGGCAGCCUCUGAACUACGUGAGUUGGAGGUUCAAUUUACCAUAAGCACAAGGCUUUAUCGUGAUGAGGCUUCAAGCAAUAACGAGCUCCCGGCUGUUGAAUCUGAAGAUGGAGAGAUUACCGCUAAUGACAGGGCCAUGGAUGCUUUAUUUGAAGAUCUGCAAAGAAGAUUUAAGAAAUGGAUUGCUCGCUUUGAUUUAACAAAAAGAGCCCUGGAGUAUGAACAACAUCCUCAUACGAGGUCUCAACAGUUCUUAAAUCUUACUUUGGCCCAAAAGUUCUGGAGCAUGAAUCUCUAUUUUGUACCUGAGCCAUGCCUGGACUCGACAGCGGACUUUCUCGACGCUGCUAAGAAUCUAGUGAAAUCGCUUGCUAAGCCCAGCUAUUUCACUUUUUCUCUGGAUGGUGACCUAAUUUCCGGCCUCUCCUUUGUCGUAAGGGUCUGUUCAGAUGCAGAUAAGCGAGAUCGUGCGCUCACCCUGCUUCAGUCUCUAAACCGACGAGAAGGCUUUUGGGAUAGCAGAGAGAUUGCGAAAAUGCAUCAAGUAACGCUCUCGUUCGAUGAUUUUGAGUCAUGGUAUGAGAUGGAAGUACUAGGUGGUGUUCCUGGUUACUUAGCAAAGCUAGCAGAAGUGUUAAAAAGGACUAAGUAA